UCCAUCCUGACCAUGAAUCCCUCCAUCCUGACCAUGAAUCCCUCCAUCCUGGCCAUAAACUCCUCAAUCCUGGCUAUGAACUCCUCAAUCCUGACCAUGAAUCCCUCCAUCCUGGCCAUGAACCCCUCCAUCCUGGCCAGGAAUCCCUCCAUCCCAGCAGUGACUGCUCCAUCCUGGCUGUAUGCUUCUUUAUCCCACUGUUUCUCUAUCUCUCCAUCCUGGAGCAUCACCUGGUGUGGUGGGACAGGAGCUGGCAGCAGCAGGGACCAUGGAUGAGUCACUUCCAUGCUGUGGCAGGGAUCCAGGCACGGGAGCAAUCCUGAAGCAACCAAGAAACCUUCUCCAUUGCAGCAGAAAAAGAAGUGACAUGUUCACACUCUCUUGCAAAACCCUCCUCAGAUCUAGACCGAGCGGGAAGCACGAGUUCUCCUGGGGAGAAAAAAAAACAAGCCUGGGAAGUGGCUGGAGAACCUGGAAUUUUUCAUGUCCAGCUGCAAAAGAAGCAGAGUAAAAAGGGGUUGGAAAGAGCAGCCAAAGUGCUGCUGGCCCAGGGUGGGUCACUGCAGGGGAGUCUCUCUGACCUCUUCCCUCUGGUGAGCAACGAUAGGACCUGAGGGGAUGGUAGGAAGAUGUGCAGGGGGAGGUUUAGGUUGGACAUCAGGAAGAGAUUCUUCCCCCAGAGGGUGGUGGAGCACUGGAAGAGGCUCCCCAGGGAAACAGCAAUGGCACCGAGCCUGGAAAUAUUCAAGCAGCAUUUGGACAACACCCUCAGGGACAUGGUGUGAACUUUGGGGUUGUCCUGUUCUGGGGCAGGAGCUGGAAAUGGUGAUCCAGGCUGCCCGAGGAGGUGGUUGAGCCACCAUCCCCGGAGACAUCUAAGAAGACAGAUGAGGUGCCAGGGUUUAGUGGUGGCCGUGGCCGUGGUAGUUGGCCUGGAUGAUCUGGAAGGUCUUUCCCAACCAGAGUGACACUUGACAGUGUGGAUGAAAUUCUGCCAAGUGUCCCCAGUGACCAGAGGAGCUGCUCCAGGUGACCACAAACCUGCUGAAAAUGGGAGCCUUCCCAUUCCCCAUCCCCUGUGCACAGGCACCCCCAUCUCCCCCCCCUUCUGGCUGGACGAGGCUCUCCCAGCACCACCCCCUGGCAGGAUCUGUUCCCCUUCAACCCAAGAAGGUUCCUCAUCUCCCCGUUAGGAUUUUUUCCCCCCCUCUCUCAUUUUGUCGGGUUCCUUUUCCAGCCCCCCCCUCCCCAGCACGCUGCAGCCACCCCAAGGAUGUGGCCAAUGCCCAGAUCGAGGUGGGCAACAACACCCUGCUCCACACCCACCUGCGCUACACCUGCAAGCCGGGCUACAAGAGGAAAGCAGGGACCUCCAGCCUCAUCCAGUGUGUCCUCCCUGAUGGCUCCAAGGAGCCUACCUGGACACACACCACACUCCAGUGUAUCCGAGACCCAGCUCUGUCCCGCCGCAGCCCCAGCCCGGAGCUCCCGGACGCGCCGCUCAGCGAGACCGUGACCCGGAGAGGAACCACCAACACCAGCCCGACCUCCAGCCCCUCUCCAGCAGCAACACCCAGGCUGCCAGGACCUGCCAGCCUGUCACCCUUGCCACCAGCACUCGAUGGGGUGUCACCAGAGACAUCCACACUGCCAGAGAUGCCCCCAUCACUGGAGACAUCCACACCAGGAGAGGGGACAGCCCCAGGAACAUCUUUGGGGACAACCCCACUGCCCCCCACCCCCAUGGACCACACAGCAGUUCCCAUCCAGAUCGUGGCCUCUUCCAUUGGGCUCCUGGUGGUGGUGGUGGCCGGCGUGGUGGCUUGUUGCUGCUGGAGGAUGAAAAUGCGCGCGGGGCAGGACUACACGGUGGCAGCCACCUCCAUCCCCAUGGUGGCUCCAGCUGCUGAGAACGAGAGGCUGCCACUUGAUGUCCUCCCCAUGGGCUGAGCACCCACCACUGGGCAACUCGUUGCACCCACCAGCCCAGAGGAUGCUGGGGGAGGGGGCUGGGAUGGAAACCAAGAUGCUUCCCUGAGCGGCGGUGGAGCACGUCCUGGUCCUCAGCCACCCUCUGCAAGGAGCAUCCGUGCUCCAAGGACAUGUGGCUGCUCUUCCCAGCCUGAAGAAAUGGUUCUCAUGGGUGAGACAGCUCCAGCACCCAAAGCCCCUCACUGCUGAGUCCCACCAGCAGCCACGGGUGCCGACAGCAGGUUGGUCCUCGGACGCCGCUCCCGGAUCAGGACCCUCAGGGAUCCUUUGGAGGCACCUCCAGCACCAACCCUGGGUUCCCUCCAGCUCUGGACACUCCCAGAGGACCACAAGAAGGAGUGAUUCCACCACAGACACCAGCCGAGCCUGAAGGCAGCGCCAGGAGCUGGGAAAAGCUCCCCUCGGGGUGUUUUCCCUUCCUCCCAUCACCAGGUGUGGUCCCGUGUGUCACUUCCCCUCUGGCAUGGACCAGGCAGCUCCAUCCUGCUGCUGCUGGAUGGGUCAGUGUGGACAUAUUGUACCUACAACACCACACACAUCAGGGGGCUUCUUGGUCAGGUUGGGUGUCUCAACAGCCACGAUGGUGGUGGGGAGCACAGAGGGGCCAGAUGGGAGGUGGGCUGGGGUGAAACCCAUCUCUGUGGCAACAAGAAGCCUGGAGGCAAAGGGUGACAGCCAGGGCAGCAGGGUGGUGAAAGGAUUUUCAGCUGGAAACCUGGAGACAGGAGAGGAGAGGAGACCUUCUUGCUCUCUACAACUGCUACAGGAGGUAGAGAGUUGGGGUCGGUCUCUUCUCCCCAGGAAGAAGUGACAGGACAAGAGGAAACAGCCUCAAGUCACACCAGGGGAGGCUGAGAUUAGAUACUAGAAGGAACUUCUUCACUGACAGGUUUAUACAGCACUGGAAGAUGCUGCCCAGAGAGGUGGCUGAAUCCCCAUCCCUGGAGGGGUUUCAAAGCCAUGGAGAUGUGGUGCUGAGGGACAUGGGUUAGCUCUGGACUUGGUAGAGUUGGGUUAAUGGUUGGACUUGAUGAUCUUAAAGGUCUUUUCCCACCAGAAAGGUUCUGUCAUCCUGUAUAUAAAUUUCCACCUCCUCUCCUUGCUGCUGUGCCCUUUCCUCCUGGUUGUUCUGAUGAUCUGGUCUGGUGGAGCUGGAGGUAGCAGCACUUUGGGCCCAAACCCCCCAGCAGCAACACCUGCUCGUCCUCAACCUGCCACAGGACGUUUUGGAAGGGAUCCCUGGAGGUGUGACAUCAGUGCCAAGCUCUGCUACAUCCAGCACCCAAGUCUUGGGUGAACUUCUCCCCACGCUGGGGUGAGCAGAAGAGGGAAAGACCUUCCUGGGACUGGUGCUUCGAAAGUGAAAGGAGAGCCAGCAAAGCCACCUCCAUUCCACUGACACCCAGGGCAAUCAGCAGGAUGCAGGAGCUUCCUCCAGCAGGAACAGCCCGUGGCUCUGGGCCCACAUCCAAGAGCUGAUCUCUUCCAGAACCACUUUCACUUUUCAUCUCGGCACAACAGGGGGUCCAACAAGCCAUGGUGCCUUCCAAAAGGAGAAGACACCAUCUGGCUGAGGAGAGCCCCACUGCUGCUGGUGGGAAAUCAGCACGACCCAAGGCGACUUCUGAAGGGAAGAGAAAAAUAAAUGGUGAAAGCUUCUCUUUUUGGUUACAAAUUUAAUUUCGGGAUGGAAACCACCCGCAGGCUGUCUCUGGAGUUGGACAGGAACCCAACCAGAGCAGUUUCUGAAAGGCUGCUUUUCCUCCUGCCUCAUGGUUUCCUGCAGGGAGAAGGGAAACAGGAAUCUGGGGAGACCCCUGAGUUUCCAAACAAAGGAAGUUCCCUCAGCUGGGAGAGAUGCAGGACUUCCUCCCAGACCUGACAGUGACAUUAUUCCCAUUAAAACAGGUUCCAGGAAAAGGUCC